UAUCGAUAGAAAUUGCAAAGAAAAUAAUUUAUUGCGAAAAAGGAAUAUUAUAUCGAAAACUCGAUUGCCUUGAAUUUAUAAAUGAAGGUUAUUUUUGCGCACUCAAUUUUUUUUUUAAAAAAAAAAAGAAAAUCGAAUUCUUUUGAUGGAAAAGUAAACAAUAAAUAAUUCCGAAAAAUUUUUGCGAAAAAAGGCUUUUAUUUAAAAAAAAAAACAAAUAAUUUCGAUUUUCAAAAUGUUAAGGGCUGCUACGUUCCUGAACAGUCGCGGGCUUUUUUCCCGUUGUUUAAAUCCAGUUGUAAAUACGCAUGUAAUUGUGACAUCGCAACAUUCAAAAAAAUUGAGAUAUUUUAAAAAAAUGAGCACUGAUUGCGAGGAGCCCUAUUGCAUCAAUGAACCAUGUUUAAUGGACUACGGCCCUGAUUUUAUUGGCAACUGGCAAGAUGUUUAUAAUGAAAAUAAUAAAAAAGCCAAUAGAGAACUUUUAUUGGGAAUACUUUCCGUUAUAUUCGCUCUACUUAUUAUUAAUCACAAUGGAAUGGUGAAAGGUUAUUAUUCUCCAUUAUUCGAUUCAGGCUCUUGGUGAUAAUAUAUAAUUAUAAUAAUAUAUAAAUUAUAAAAAAAUAAAUAAUGUUGAAAUUUAAAAAAAAAA